CAUGUAUUUAAAGUAAGAUUUUCCACUUGCCUACACAGAUCAACACUAUACUGUGAAUAUAUGUUUUUGUACAUUUCCUAAUACGGUAGGAAGAUUUGUUUAUAAACAGACUAGCAACCCACUACUCUGCUCAGGCUAGCUAGUUUAGACGAGGGGGAUACUUUAAGUUACUGUACAAAGUGACUGGCCACACCUUGAAGAAUGACAUCGUGAUUUUCAGGCCACAAGCCAGAUACCUCUGUGUGGAGGGAGGACGAAGGCAGGACCACUGUCUCUAAGAUGAGUUUCUCUGGGGAAGGUGACACUCACAGCAGAACAGAGAGUGUGGACCAAGUUGGAGAUAUCCAGUUGAAAUCAGGUUUUAAGAAAUAUGCCUGUGAUCUCCUACUGGACCCGAACACGGCCAACAGAACCCUCUCUCUCUCCGAGGGGAACCGGAAGGUGACAAAGGUGAAAGAGGAGCUGUCAUAUCCGGAUCAUCCAGAUCGAUUUGACUUCUGCAGACAGGUUUUGUGUGAAGAGGGUCUGACCGGGCGCUGUUUCUGGGAGGUGGAGUGGAGUGGUGAAGGGGCUGAUGUAGCUGUGACAUACAAAGGAAUCAACAGGAGUGGAGAGGGAGAUGACUGUGAUCUUGGAUUCAAUGACAAGUCCUGGAGUGUGCACUGCUCGGAUGACAGUUACCACGCCUGGCACAACGACAGGAGCACGGAUAUACCUGACCCCUCCUCCACCCACUCCAACAGAGUAGGAGUGUAUCUGGACUGGCCGGCCGGCAUUCUGUCCUUCUACAGUGUCUCCUCUGACAAACUAACCCACAUACACACAUUCCACUCUACAUUCACUGAGCCCCUCUACCCAGCAUUUGGGCUUUGGGCAACUGGCUCCUUGGUUUCUCUGUGUGAGGUAGAAUAAAAAGUGUAUUUGUACUGACAACAAACAUAUUGAUAUUGAAAGAAAAAUAUCAACCCAAAAGUAUUGUGAUCAAAAAUAUAUAUAGCAAAUAAAAUGUGAGAACAAAUUGAUUGAAAAUGAAUGCAAACGACAAUGGCGCUCAAAAAUAUUCCCCCCCUUUAUUUUCUGAUUGAUAUUUGUAAUUACUUUAGAACAAUUUGCAGAUUUUAUUUUUCAUUUUGAUAUUCAGAAAUUUUGGGGGUUGAUUAGUGGCAAAACCUAAUUAAAUCCAGUUUGAUUUUAUGGUGGGACAAUUAAAUGUGGAAAAGGCCAAAGGCGAGAAUACGUUUUUCAGGGAAAUCAUUUUAAUUGUUGACACUUUUGGCUCCAGCUUUUUCUCUAUCUUUGCUUACUCUACUGUGGCUUUUGUUCUUGAUUUCUUUUUAUGCAGUUUCAAAGUUUUGACACAACUGUUUUGUGUGGGUGGGUUUAGAGUGAGUUCGAAAUGAUACAUCUUCAGUGGUCAACCAGCCGGGCAGCCUCAAUCAACGUUCCAGUUUGUUUUUGUCCUUGGCUACCUUAAUAUUGAAAAAGAUGUACCAUAACCGUGGCUCCCUGAGAGAACAAUUUAACAACACAGUUUAUAAUAUACCGUUGUCAAAUUCAACAGAACAUACAGACAGAUCCUAGAUAAAAAGCUGCUUCAGAGUGAGUUCACUUCCCAACAGGAGCCCAGUCGCGUCGGGACCAGUCUGUGUGGGUUCACUUCCCAACAGGAGCCCAGUCGUGUCGGGAUCAGUCUGUGUGGGUUCACUUCCCAACAGGAGCCCAGUCGCGUCAGGACCAGUCUGUGUGGGUUCACUUCCCAACAGGAGCCCAGUCGCGUCGGGACCAGUCUGUGUGGGUUCACUUCCCAACAGGAGCCCAGUUGGGUCGGGACCAGUCUGUGUGGGUUCACUUCCCAACAGGAGCCCAGUCGCGUCGGGACCAGUGUGUGUGGGUUCACUUCCCAACAGGAGCCCAGUCGCGUCGGGACCAGUCUGUGUGGAUUCACUUCCCAACAGGAGCCCAGUCGUGUCGGGACCAGUCUGUGUGGGUUCACUUCCCAACAGGAGCCCAGUCGUGUCGGGACCAGUCUGUGUGGGUUCACUUCCCAACAGGAGCCCAGUCGUGUCGGGGCCACUCUGUGAGGGGGCCAGUCUGUGAGUGGCCCAGCUAGAGGCCAGACUCGAACUCUUGGACUUGGGAGAAGAUUUGUCUUCCAGCAGGACAAUGACUGCAAACAAAGCCACACUAGAUUGUCUUAAAAACAGAAAGGUCAAUUUCAUGUAGUGGCCCAGUCAAAGCCUAGACCUCAAUCCAAUUGAGAAUGUGUAGAAAGAGCUAAUAACCGCUGUUCACCAAAGCUCCAUCCAACUUGAUGGAGCUUGAGAAAUUCUGCAAAAUAUGGCAAAAGCAACUGUAUCCAAAUCUGCAAGACUUAUCCAAAUAGACUCAUGGCUUUAAUUGCUCCAAAAGCACCUCUACCAAAUAUUGACUGAAGUGGCUGAACAUAUGUAAUAAAUUA